UGAGCAUUAGUAGAGAAAAGCUGUUAGAGAAUAAUGUGGAUCAGUUUGAGAACAGAUCAGUUUAAUGCUGUUAUCUAGACACAGGACGGGUUUAUGAACUGGAUGAAGUUUGUGUUUGAUGUUCUUCAUUGUUGAGACAGAGUCUGUUUCAAGUGCACUGCCUCUAAUAUGAGUGUCUAUGAGAAGAGAGAGGAGGAGGAGGGUGUUCUGAGAUGCAGUCAGAGUGUUGAGUCCUUGAUCAUUCCCCCUGAUCUCAGAGGUGGAGCAGUGACCUCUGACCCUGAAUGGAAGAGAGAUGAGGUGAUCAGACAAGUGACUUUCACUGACUCCGACUGUCAGACCCUCAUCAGGCAGAGAGUCAAAGACAAACACAAAACCAGCAUGAAGAACAAAUAUGAGAGAUUAUUUGAGGGAAUCAAACUAAAAGAGAAUCAAACCCUCCUGAACAGGAUGUACACACAGCUCUACAUCAUAGAGGGUGAGAGUGAAGGGGUAAAUGAAGAACAUGAGGUUGUACAGAUGGAGAAAACGGCUCGAACACAAGGCACUCCAAUCUACUGCAAUGACAUCUUUAAUCCCUUGCAUCAACCAGGAUGUGAGGACAAAGACAAAAUCAAGUCUGUACUUACUAAGGGCAUUGCUGGAAUUGGAAAAACCAUCUCUGUGCAGAAGUUCAUUCUGGACUGGGCCGAGGGAAAAGCCAAUCAGGAUGUAGAUUUCAUGUUUGUGCUUCCAUUUCGAGAGCUGAAUUUGAUUAAAGAUCAGCAGUACAGUCUUCACAGACUUCUGCUGGACUUUCACCCUGAACUUCAAGAUCUGGACUCAAAGAUUUAUGAGGAGUGUAAAGUUGUUUUCAUCUUUGAUGGUUUGGAUGAAAGCAGAAUUGCACUGAUGUUUUCAGAUGAUGAUGAAAAGGUUUGUGAUGUGAAUGAGUCUUCAUCAGUGGGUGUGUUGAUGUCAAACCUCAUCAGAGGAGACCUGCUUCCCUCUGCUCUCAUCUGGAUCACCUCCAGACCAGCAGCAGCAAAUCAGAUCCCCUCCAAAUACAUCAACCGUGUGACAGAAAUUCAGGGAUUCAAUGAGCAUCAGAAGGAGGAAUAUUUCAGGAAGAGGAUCAGUGACGAGCAUCAAGCCAGCAGAAUAAUUUCAGACAUUAGAAAAUCAAGAAGCCUUGACAUCAUGUGCCACAUACCUGUCUUCUGUUGGAUCUCAGCCACUGUGUUUCAAAACCACCUGAAACAAACAGAAAUCCCCCAAACUCUGACUGAAAUGUACAUCCACUUCCUGCUGACUCAGAUCAAUAUGAGGAAUCAGAAGUAUGAUGAGAAAGAUCCCGAGAAAAUCUUGAAGUCCAAUAGAGAUGUGAUUGUGAAACUUGCUGAACUAGCUUUCAAACAGCUGAUGAAGGGCAAUGUGAUGUUCUAUGAGGAGGACCUGAUUGAGAGUGGCAUAGACGUCACUGACGCCUCAGUGUAUUCGGGGAUUUGCACUGAGAUCUUUAAGGAGGAAUCUGUGAUUCAUCAGAGGAAAGUCUACUGCUUCAUUCAUCUGAGCUUUCAGGAGUUUCUAGCUGCUUUAUAUCUGUUUUACUGCCAUGCUGUCAAAAAUGAGAACUCACUGAAGAUGUUUCUGAAUAAAAGAUAUCAGCAGUACAGUCAGAAAAACUCUCUGUAUGAGCUACUAGAAGUAGCAGUUCGUAAAUCCUUACGGAAUGAAAAUGGACACCUGCAUCUUUUCCUGCGGUUCCUGCUGGGCAUCUCACUGGAGUCCAAUCAGAGACUCUUACAGGAUCUACUGACACACACAGUGAAGAGCACAGAGAUCACCAAGAGAAUCUCACAGUACAUUAAAGACAAAAUUAAGGGAUUUGAUUGUCUCUCAGCUGACAGAUGCAUUAAUCUGUUCCUCUGUCUUCUGGAAAUGAAGGAUCAGACUCUGUGCAGAGAGAUUCAGGACUUUGUGAAAUCAGAGAAUCACUCAGUGAAUCAACUCUCUCCGUCUCACUGCUCAACAAUCGCCUACAUGCUUCAGAUAUCAGAGAAGGAACUGGAUGAGUUUGAUCUGAAGAAAUACAACACAUCAGAUGAGGGUAGAAAGAGACUGAUACCAGCUGUGCUGAACUGCAGAAAAGCUCUACUUGCUGACUGUAAUCUCACUGAUGAGUGCUGUGAAAGUUUGUCUUCAUCUCUACAAUCAUCAAACUCACUGAGAGAGCUUGACCUGAGUUACAAUGACCUGCAGGAUUCAGGAGUGAAGCUGCUCUCUGAUGGACUAAAGAGCUACUGUCAACUCAACAUACUGAGAUUGUCCCUCUGUAAUCUCACUGAUCAGUGUUGUGAAGGUUUGUCUUCGUGUCUACAAUCAUCAAACUCCUCACUGAGAGAGCUGGACCUGAGUCACAAUGACCUGCAGGAUUCAGGAGUGAAGCUUCUGUCAGAUGGACUGAAGAGUUCACACUGUCAACUCAACAUACUGAAAUUAUCUGGCUGUAUGGUGACAGAGGAAGGCUGUUGUUAUCUGGCUUCAGCUCUGAGUUCAAACCCCUCACACCUGAGAGAGCUGGAUCUGAGCUACAAUCACCCAGGACAAUCAUUAGUCAAGCUGCUCUCUGAUCCAAACUACAGACUGGACAACCUCAAUGUAGAUCAUGGAGAAGAGAGCAGGAUUAAACAAGGGCCGCAUAAAUAUGCAUGUGAGCCCACACUGGAUUUAAACACCGCACUUAAUUGUUCUGCUCUACCUAAGAGGAUCAGAAAGGUGAUACGUAUUAUGAUGAAGCGUUUGUAUCCUGAUAAUCCAGAGACAUUUGAUAAGUCUGUUCGGGUUGUGUGUAGUAAGAAGCAGACUGGAUGCUGUAAAUGGGAGUGUAAAUAGAGCGAGAAGGCUGAUAUAUCAGUGACACACAAAGGAAUCAGCAGGAAAGGAUGGAGCAAUGACUGCUGGUUUGGAUUCAGUAAAAGGUCCUGGAGUCUGUCCUGUUUUAAUGACAGAUUAACCAUCUAGCACAAGAAGAGCACAGUCAUAUAUGUCCCUUCAUGUUCCUCUAACUGGUCGGCCAACACUCUGUCCUUCUACACACACUCACAAACUUACACUCAUUCAACAGCACAUUCACUGAACCCCUGUAUGCUGGAUUUGGGCUUCAUUAUUCUAAUAGUUCAGUGUCAGUUGAGUGAAAGAAACGCUCUAACAUUAUCUCUCUCUUUAGCUCGCACAGCUGAAAACUCUUUCUCUCCUAAUUUUAAUUUCAGUGCGUAUAUAGAAACACACACACGUUGAGACACCACAGACUUCUAUUGUGUUUCUUGACAUCAACAUUAUUACAGGCUGAUCUUUAAAUUGUUUUAAAUUGUUGCUUCCAAAAUCCUCAAAUAUAUUUAAAAGAAAGUUUUUAUAACCAUUUUUAAUUUAAUGACCAAUAACAUUUAUUUUCUUAAAUGUUUUUUCAUCUUUUUUUUUUUUCAUCUCAUGAACAUGAAAUCACAUAUGGGUCAACACAGAUACUAGAAAUAUUGUAAUGUCAAAUAUUUAUCAUACAUAUAAAAAAUGUUGCCUGGAUUAUAAAAUCUAGCAUGUAAAAAAUCUUGUGUUUUAAACUCCAGUGGCAGGUGAAGUUGUGAGUCUUGUUUUAUAUGAAGAAUCAGUUACAGCAUGGUUUGAUAUUUAAAUGGUCAAAUUAGUGUGUGAUUCCAGUGCAGUACGUUCAUCUCACCACCAGAGGUCACUUGCACCUUCUUAUUGAAAUUUACUCUUAAAGGGAUUGUUCACCCAAAAAUGAAAAUUUUAUCAUUUACUCACCCUCAAGUUCUUGCAAAUCUGUAUAAAUUUAUUUUUUCUGCUGAACACAUAAGAUUUUUUUUAAAGUAUGUUGGUAAUCAAACAGUUGAUGGUAGCCAUUGACAAAAAAAAAAAAAAAAACUAUGGAAGUCUGGCUACUGUCAACUUUCUGUUUACCAACAGUCUUUAAAAUAUCUUAUUUUGUAUUCAACAGAAGAAAGAAAUUCAUACAGGUUUGCAAGAACUUGAGGGUGAGUAAAUGAUGACAACUUUCAUUUUUGGGUGAACUAUUCCUUUAAUAUUCACACAUUUCAAUAUUCACAAUAUUUAAUAUUUAUUAAUUGAUUAUUACUUCAUAGUUGAAGUACAGGAAAAGCUGCAGAUCAGUAUCAUAGUUUAUGUAUUUAGAUAUCAUAAACAUAUGAAUACUAUGCUAAGAAAAAUACUUGGUUUCGAAGAUGUUUGUUUUUAUAAAGGCCUGGGGCCGUAUUCACAAAACAUUUUAUCUUACCACUUAGAGUUCUCCUAAAUAGCAGUAAAAGUUCUAAGAGUUUCCUCUUAAAACCUAUUCACAAAGCUGCUGAGACCAACUUUUACUAAGGAACAGAGAGAGUCAGAAUCUGAAUGAGCUUUAUUUGCCAAGUAUGUUUACAUACACAAGGAAUUUGUCUUAGUGACAGGAGCUUCCAGUGCAGAAGAAAGUACAGACAUAGUGCAGACAUGCAUAGGAAUUACACAGUAGAAAUGAAAUAUAACAAUAAUAUAAGAAAGAAAUUUCAUUAUUUUUUCUUUCUUUUGUUUUAUUGGCGGUAUGAAUACUAUUCUUAUUUUUCUACAAAAAGUUUGUAGUGGUGUUUGUAUAUUAUUACAUAAAAAACCCUAUUAUAUUCUCAUUAAUAUAAUAUUCUAAUGAAGAAGGUUGAUUUUAAUCUCUAUUUUAAUAAAGAAUCUACUUCAUGAUAAUAAAUUGUUAUUGGAUGUAUAUAUCCCAAUAAUCUUAAUGGGUAACCCUACUAUGGAUAAAUUCCCUUCAGUUACUCUUGCACUAAUGCUAAUGCUUAUCAUGAAAAGAAUCUUCUUGAAAUAAAAAGAUUUCACAACCCCACCUCUAAAGAGUUUACUUUCUUUUCACAUCCCCAUCAAACCACUUCCCUUAUUGAUUAUAUAUUUAUUUCUUGUCAUAUGGCUCAUCUGGUCAACCAAGCAAACACUGCUCCCAUUAUCAUCUCUGACCACGCCCCAGUCACUAUCUCUAUACACCUUGCAGUUAGUUCAAAAGCCCCUCGAUUUUGGAAUUGGAUCCUUAUUAUUUGAUGGAUGACCUGUUUGUUGAAUUUAAGAGAGAACAAUUUCUUUCUAAUGAUUUAGAAGAGAUGGAUCCUACAGUGCUAUGGAAUGUCUACAAAAAUGGCAUGAUAAUUUCUUAUGUAAGCAAAAAGAACAAGGAUAAAAUAGCUAAACAAUUUUGAAUUAGAAAAGCAAAUAUCCAGUUUACAAAGGCAAUAUUCUAUCUUGAAAUCAUAAAAUAUUCUGACUCCAUUCAAGUACUCCAGGAUGUUAUUAAAUGACUUAAAGGGUUAGUUCACUCAAAACUGAAAAUUCUGUCAUUACUCACCCUCAUCGUUAUUUUUGUUUUUUUGCACACAAAAAAUAUCCUCGUCGCUUCAUAAAAUUAAGGUUGAACCACUGCAGUCACAUCGACUGUUUUAACGAUUUCUUUAGUUCCUUUGUGGACCUUGAAAGUGGUGGUUAAAUUACUGUCUAUGUACAGGUAGGAACACACCAAACUGACGCGGACAAACUAGUGGCGACGAAAGCAGACUGCGGGGUUGGCUCACGUCGGCAGCGUCUGGGUCCAAAGUUGCCCUGACACACCAAACCAACGCUCGACAGCCGAUGGCCAAGUAGCACGUCCGUUCUGCUCCUGCGUAAGAUGAAAUUCCUUUCCGUACCAGCAGGUGGCAGUAGCUGAACAGCCAAUCAGAAUGAUCAGAUGGACCAACGAGCUCCGACGCUGAUUCAACAUGUUGAAUCGGCCGAAAAAAAGCCGAUGAGGACCAACUUCAGCCGACGGUGCGGAACACUGAGAAAACUAAAGGCGGGCAUACAUUGUGAGCUGGUAACCUUGUUGAAAUCACACAUAAAUCGCACUGUACAAGUAUAUCACAUGCGAUUAAAAGCCAAUGCGCACGAUUUAUGUGCUCACACUAUGUGGUCCGAUGGUCGAGCUGUGACUUGACUGGUCACACUAUGCGUUUGAAAUAUGCACAAUAAACCCACAUACUGGGUUGCACCAAUUGACCAUAUGUUUCCAGAGAUAUUGUCAAAAGCAUCAA